UAUUAUAUCAUUUUCAAAGCUUUACCUCUCGCCUGAGGAGUUCACGGUGGCGACGGACGGGAGAGAGUUCAUUCGAACCUCUAUUCUCUCUCUCUCCGCUCGCUUUCUCCCUCCCAAAUCAACCAUUCUCGAUCCCAUUUUCGUUUUCAUUAGCCCUUUUUUCGUCUUUUAUUUCCAUUUUCUAAUCGUUUCUAAACAAUUUGAACCCUAAAUUCACUGUUUCCUUCAUCAUGACUACUCAACUCGCUCCUCCGGGAAGGAAGAACCCUCUCGCUCAGAAACGCCCUUCUUCCACAUCUUCCAGGAAGUCGGUAUCCGGCGAUAAUGGCACCUCUAGUAAUGGCAAUGUCCUCAAACCGGGUUCUCCUCAGUUGCCAUCUGCUGCUGUUGGGGAAAGGACGGUGAAGAAACUGAGGUUGUCGAAAGCGCUUACGAUUCCUGAAGGCACUACGGUUUCUGAAGCGUGUAGAAGGAUGGCUGCUCGUCGUGUUGAUGCUGUACUAUUGACGGAUGCGAAUGCUUUACUUUCGGGUAUUCUCACCGACAAGGACGUCGCUACCAGGGUUAUAGCGGAGGGGCUGAGGCCAGAGCAGACUGUUGUAUCCAAAAUUAUGACACGGAAUCCCAUUUUUGUUACUUCGGAUUCACUUGCUAUCGAAGCCCUUCAGAAAAUGGUUCAAGGAAAAUUUAGGCAUCUUCCGGUCGUUGAAAAUGGCGAAGUUAUUGCUUUGUUGGAUAUUACAAAGUGCCUCUAUGAUGCCAUAUCGAGAAUGGAGAAGGCCGCAGAACAGGGUAGUGCCAUUGCUGCUGCUGUUGAAGGGGUGGAACGCCAGUGGGGAAGUGACUUUUCUGCUCCCUAUGCUUUUAUAGAGACGUUGAGGGAGCGGAUGUUUAAACCUUCCUUGUCAACCAUCCUUUCUGAAAAUACAAAAGCUGCAAUUGUCUCGGCAUCAGAUCCUAUAUAUGUUGCUGCCAAAAAAAUGCGGGAGUUACGAGUUAAUUCAGUUGUUAUGACAGUGGGAACUAAGAUUCAGGGGAUCCUCACUUCAAAGGAUAUUCUUAUGCGUGUAGUGGCACAUAAUCUUUCUCCUGAGUUGACUCUGGUGGAAAAGGUAAUGACCCCAAAUCCUGAGUGUGCAACAGUGGAGACGACAAUCCUUGAUGCAUUGCACAUAAUGCACGAUGGGAAGUUCUUGCAUCUUCCGGUUUUAGAUCGUGAGGGAUUGGUUGUUGCUUGUGUAGAUGUUCUACAGAUCACACACGCUGCAAUCUCCAUGGUUGAGAGUGGUUCGAGUUCUGUUAAUGAUGUGGCAAGCACAAUGAUGCAAAAGUUUUGGGAUUCAGCCCUUGCUUUAGAACCACCUGAUGAUAUUGAUACUCAUAGUGAAAUGUCUGCAUUCAUGGCUUCGGAAGGGACUCUAAAUUAUCCAUCUCUAGGUCUUGGAAACUCAUUCGCUUUUAAAUUUGAGGAUCUGAAGGGUCGGGUACAUCGCGUAAAUUGUGGCACGGAGACCUUGGAUGAGUUGGUAUCUGUUGUAAUGCAAAGGAUUGGUGCUACUAAUAGUGCUAGUCGGCCUCUGCUUUUGUAUGAAGACGAUGAAGGGGAUAAAGUAGUUCUUGCUACUGAUGGUGAUCUCUCUGGUGCUGUAAACCAUGCCAGAUCCAUAGGACUAAAGGUUUUAAGAUUGCAUUUAGAUUUUCCCGAAUCAAUUCAGCAAACAGAAGCACAAAAUGAUGCAAUGUUAGGCUGGAAGCGUGGAUCGUUGCCUUUGUAUUCUGGUGCAUUUGCUGCUGCUGUUGUUUUAACAAGCAUUGGUGUAUUGUUUUAUUUGAAGCGUUCUAAGAUGUAAAGUCAAACGACAGAAUUAUUGAAACAGAAAAUGCAUGCUCGUAAAUUUUGGCAGCAGGAUACAUUGCAAUACCCAAAUUCUCAAAGAAACUGAGAUAUAUAAAUGGGAAAAGGUUGCAACACCAGUAGGGGUUUAGUAAAAUAAAUGACAAGGAAUACCUGACUUGAGCGAGUUCCACAAGGGAUGGCAUUUGAAAUAUGGUUAGUUUUGAUGUCUGGGUCAGAUAAAGCCAUCAUUUAUGUGAACUUGAGAAUUGGUUAUAAGGUUCUUUCUGCUAAGAAAAGAUCAUUGAGAAAUAUAUGUUCUCACAUGAUGUUAGAAAAGAA